AAUACAGGGCCAGUGGCACCUUACACGCACACACAGGUUGUACUUUUCGUCGCCGAUGAUCACAGGUGUUCGCGAUCGAAAGAUCCGAUCGUCGGUCCCAAGUGGUCCAGUCAUCUUCGUCUAGUGUCGUAAAACGCGUACCUUCGCGAAAAAAAAGGGAAAAAAGAAAAUAAAACACAAGAAACGAGAGAAAUAUUACAACCUGUAUUUUAAAAAAAAAGAAGAAAAACCACCGUAUGUGUGGUUUAUUAUUGAAAAUAUUGUGAUCACAAAUGUUAAAUAUCCUUUUGUUCGGGACGUUAAGUUUUUCGUCCCCAGGUGAACUGUGUUGUAUAUAAUGUGACCUAGUGCCCGUGGGAAAUGUAAGAACACACGUCAAAGACCGGAACGAGUGCAAAAAAAAUGGCUUUCUUAUGUCCUGUGCGUAUUCGUCGUGGUAAGAAGAAGAAACCUGGGGUGCAUAAUUUUAAUUUGGAGAAAGAUGGAGUCGGGGGUUUGGGUAUGGGGACAAGAGUGCCAUUGCCUCCUGGACGAAUAACAGGAAGUGCCAGUAUAGAAACUCUAGUUCGAGUUGGAAUCGAAAAGGAAAACGGACUCUCGCCUGAUAGUAAAAUGGUCAUCAUUCACGAUUUCACUCCGUGUGUGGACGAUGAACUUCAAGUCAAAAGAGGACAGAUCGUGAAUGUCCUCUACAGGGAGAACGACUGGGUUUAUGUGAUAGCGGCCGACACAAGAAUGGAGGGUUUCGUUCCCCAUUCGUAUUGUGCUCCGUAUACAUCGCAACUCGCUGAAUCGACAUUAGCCACACUAAUGAAUAAUGUGAAGAAAAAAUUGCCCCGCUCGAAUGAUAACGAGGGCGAUUUAUCAAGUACCGGAAGAUCGCAGGGUAUGGACGCCCAACAGACCGACACUGGUUCAGCAUCCGACUGCGAGAGCUAUGCAAGAAAUAUCACAACAGCCGACAUCAAUGUUAAUCGUUCCAAUGUAUCCCAAUCGCAGAAUUCCAUACAGACAACCCAGUCUCAACCGGAUGUGCAUCCUUUCUUUAAGGAUCCCUCGGCUGGAAGAUACAUCGUUUUGUACACAUUCGUUGCACGUGAUGAGAAUGACGUGAGCGUUGAGAGAGGUGAAUUCGUCACUGUAUUGAAUCGAGACGAUCCCGAUUGGUUUUGGGUUCUACGACAUUGUGACGGUAAUGAAGGUUUUGUGCCAUCUGGUUUCGUUUAUCCGGGUCAUGUACUUCAUUCCUAUGCGGCAAUAACAACGGGAACGACGACCACAACAACGACGACAACCACACCUGGUGAUCCACACGGAUUAGGAGCUAGCAAUGGUAAUGUCUCAGGAAGUGAGCAGUUGCAGCAAAAAGAUUUGAGGGAUUUUCGUGAUGAGACCACUGGAACGGAAUUAGUUGUGCUUUAUGAUUACAAGGCGCAGGCGCCGGACGAUUUAUCCGUGAGACGUGCUGAUUGGAUUUAUGCUGAUCUCGGUAAUCAAACGGUGGAUGGUUGGCUUUGGGCGUAUGCCCCGAAAACACGAAAAUAUGGUUUCAUUCCCAAGGCCUAUGCCCGUCCUCCAGCUAUGACAAGUCUAUAAAUAUUAAUAGUCGUUUAUAUAAAUAUAAAUAUAUAAAUAUAUAUAUAUAUAAAUUUUGUAUCUCCCGUACUUUUAUAAUUUUCGAGAUAAUAUACACUUUUCUAUAGAGA